ACAAACACCUACCAGUGCAUCCUGACCACGGACGGGUCUCGAUCAUUUGCUCUCCUGAGAUAUGAGGAGAUGAACUGGGGUCCAGGCCAGAGGCAGUUCCACGACGCGGUGAUUGGCUACACUAACGGAGAACGCUCCUUCAUAGAGCCCACCAACCCACCUGAAAACCUCUUUGGACCUGGGGGCAGAUACAGGCCACAUGAAGUGAUUGGCCCCCUGGGUCAGCCGGGUCAGCUGGUGUAUGACUUUUCCAAACCAACAACAGACAAACCAACAACAGGCGUACCAUCGGAUAAACCGGCAGCAGACGAACCAGGGGAAAGCCCCCAGAUCAGCUGCCAGGCCUGGGCUGUGAAUGAGCCUGACCCAACGGAGUGGACCAAGGACCUGUUCUCAUGUCCCUGCACCCGGGGCCAGGCCCUGCAGGACCUGACCUUCCUGCAGGACACCAGUGAUCCCAGCCCUACCUUGAAGAAGUUAAGAAGUCAGCGGUGGGGGGGUUCCUCAGGACACAUCUUUCAGUCGGUUCUGUCCAACAGAUUUGGUUCAGGAAAACUCUGCGUGUACGACCCCGAGGGUCCGUUACUGGCUGGGUACAACGAGCGCUACUUCUUUGGACACAGCCAAGAGAAACACAUUGAUGGAGAUCUCCUACCGUUCCAGUGGUGUUGUACUGACUCCCCCCUCUGUCACCUCUACCUGAAGAAGAGACCAUUGGACCGAUGUCAGGGCUACAGCUGGGACAGAGCUGAUGGUCACACUACAAAGGGUGCUAAGACGACCCAGGGUGUAGCCAUGGUGUUUGGCAGCCUCCACUUCCACACCUUUGAUGGUACCGAGUACACCUUCAAGGCUCUGGGAGAGUUUGUUCUUCUGCGUCUCUCCACCGUCACUGGCUCCAACGUCUUCACCCUGCAAGGACAGACUGACCGGCUGCACGUAGGCACGGGGGGGCCCAUGGAAGUCCCCGUGGUGGUCCGCCUGGCUGCCUUCCACCAGGGCAUCGGCAAGAUUGAGUUGAGAAGUGCACAGAACAAUGAAGGACUCCAGAUGUUUGUGGACGAUGUUGAGGUUCCAGUCACAACUGAAGUCCUGCGUCAGCCCAACAAGGACUUUGCUGUUCGCUGCGUGUCAGUGAAGCGCUGUGUGGUGGUCUACGCCGGGGGUCUGAAUGUUUUAGCAUGGAGGGUGGAUGGCUCUAACCAGCUGGGGGCGAUAGUGGGUGUCCCCCAAACCUUCUACAACCGCACCGUGGGUCUGAUGGGUCACUGGAGCUCCAACCACUCAAAUGACUUCCUCAUGUCUGACGGCGUCAUCCUGCCGUCAGCUGACACGCCGCCGCCUGAGGAGGAGAUCCAGUUGUUUGGUCUGUCCUGUGAGUGGAACAUCAACACAGACAUGCCGUGUUUGACCACCUGGUGUCAGUGUUG